GAAAGAGCGCGAAAUGCGACCUUCUGAUGCUCGGACUGGACAAUGCUGGCAAGACGACCAUUCUCAAGCGGAUCAACGGGCAGGACAUUAGCGAGACGUCGCCCACCCUCGGAUUCAACAUCGAGACUCUUGAGUACAACGGAUACCGCCUGAAUGUGUGGGACGUGGGCGGCCAAAAGUCAAUCCGAUCAUACUGGCGCAACUACUUUGAGAGCACUGACGGCAUUGUCUGGGUCAUCGAUAGUGCUGAUCCGCGCCGCUUCGAGGACUGCAAGAGAGAGCUUCAUGCGCUCUUGCAAGAAGAGCGACUGGCAGGUGCGUCGUUGCUGGUCUUUGCAAACAAGCAAGAUAUUGCCGGCGCCAGUUCGCUGGAAGAAAUUUCACAGGCGCUCGCAUUGUCGGGAAUCGCGUCUCACCACCACUCGCUCCAGCGGUGUAGCGCAGUCACUGGAGAGCACCUUCUGGAGGGCAUUGAGUGGAUCGUGCAAGACAUUGCCUCGCGAGUGUUUGUCAUGGAGUGAGAUUUGGCCCAAUUGUCGUUCGUCGCGCCAUGCAGCAGCUCAUAACACUUGCAGAUGUAGAGUAUUGUAUAUUAUAUGUUAACAAUCAGAUCCAGAGGGCAACAGAGAUGCUUGCUUUGUUCACAACGACGCCAAUGCAUCCAGCGUGGUGUCAAAUGCGUUUUUGCGCUGU